AUGUCGCAGAAUCCAAUUCAAAACCCCACCUGGCCCAAGGGCUACCCCUUCGUCGCUGUUCAGGACCACCAAUCCUCCCAACACGACACGGUCAACGUCAUCAAUGGCGACUUAGGUCGAGUGAUAGCCCAUGACCCCAAAUCCGAGCGUUGUAUGGUCAUCAUUGAGUCUCGAGGCAGUCCAGGUAGCAGACCCUGUGGCUGGGUUAGCAUGCGCUACAUCGAGAUCGGUCAGGUCCCUUGCGUUUCCCGCGUUGAAGAUUUGUCUAUCGAGACAAACCUACCUCGCCCAAAUUCCAGUACUCAAACUGUCAAGUGUACGACCGGUAGCUUCAGCGACCCGUUCAGGAAAGCAGCCACGGCAAUGUUUUCUGCUUACAUCCUGAACGGAAAUGCCGAUCUCAAAGGCGUGGUCCCCCACUGGCUAUUAGAACUGAACUCGCAAGACAAGCUUGACAGCUUCCUCGCCCCAGUCUUUGCCGGUGUUGGGAAUGCCGGGCUUGCCGGUGUGCUCGCGAAUCCCGACGUUACCGUUGCCGACAUCACUUCCAAGGCCACUCUAGUAGACCCUUCCAAUCACCGCGGAGGCAUCUACAUGAUCAGGCUCGCCGACUUCAAGGACAAGCGCUCCCCUGAGCUCUACAUCGGUCAAACGUAUGACUUCAGCUCGCGCGCACGUGAGCAUCGCGCUUCGUCCAAAGAGCGCAACCAGGCGAUCUACCGAUCCUGGAGGGAGUGCACUGACCAGAAGAUGUACAUCGUCUGCCUCAUCGAUGGUCAGGGCAAGAUCCAAAAGAGGCAGCGCACGGUGGCGGAACAGAUGUUCAUAUGUCUGCUGGAAACCUACCACCCGGACGUGUUGGAUCCCGCGAGAUUCCUCACAGCUGCCGACAUGAACGAGGCUGGGCUCAUGGGUACGGACAGCACUGCCGAAGCCGGAAAGUCGGUAUACCACCACCAAAGGCAUGCCGCCGUCCUGCAGUACUUCGAGAGAUGCACUCGUGAGAAGAGCGGAUGGAAGGGCGGAGUUAGCCGCCAGCAGAAGUUUGGAGCGGCUAGGGGUCUCAACUGGAGCAGCCCACUUGUGGAGCUUUUCACUACUUCUGACAAAGUGCUCUGGUUGAAGACAAGCUACCCUGACAUGGACGUCUACCGGAGAUCACCGACGAAAAUCUACAAGCACAGGACCGGCUACCUCAUCGUCUGCAAAGUUACGAAGCAUCACUGGGCAUCGGGUGGGAAGAUGGACCAUUCUGAUGUCAUAGAAAUCGUCUUUCCCAAGGACACAGAAGAGCUUUCGGAUGGAAUGGAGGUCAACACAGUCAUCGAGAUUGCACCAGGCGGACAACACCACCCCGUUCCGUACGCGAGACUGGCUGGAGUUGGGCCAUGGACUAACUGGGAUCAAGCGAACCGUGUCGGGAUCAAGGUAGAAUGGCAGGACGAGGACGGUCAGUGGAAGCAUCGAUACUGCCAGUCCACUUAUGGUGGCACGAGGGAUACGAGCGGCAUGUGGAAGGACCCCGGCCAUGUGAAGGCUUACGGUAAGACUGUGGCCCUGAUCCACUACUUCAGUCAUGAAGUGCAGCAGCCAAUGGUGAAGUGGCCCGAAUCGUAUGGCACUGCAGAGGUGAAGGAAAUGAAGUACGACCACUUGAGGCAGAAGAUUCGGUUUGUCGACGUCGCUCUCACUACCAGAUCGAUUGCACCUCCGCAAAAGCUGAGCCAUCAGGCAAUCGAAGACAAGCUUCGGGCUGCUUCCGACUACCCCGAACUUGGUCAGAGGGGACAGACCAAGAUUGGAGGCGAAUUCCAGAAGUUUCCAACUGGUGCGACGCCAAGAUACAGGCCAACAUGUGACGGUUGUCACCUUGGCAAUGUCGACCCCAGAAGAGGUUGCAAAGCGGAGGCGAAUACCGGCAAUGCUUGCAAGCCUUGCUAUCGACUUGGCCUGCCUUGCACGUGGACUGCGACUGCCGCACUGAAUCAAAAGCCUAGGCUGAUCCAAGCUCUCAAAGCACCGGACAAGCACACACGGUCUCUUGAGGCACUGGAAGUCGAUGAUCCACACCUUGUGAUGGUAAACGAGGACGAAGAUUGA